AACAAUAAAAAAAUUACGUUUAUGGGUUAAAAAUGAUCUGAAAUCAAUAUUUGAGCAAGUACAUAACCAGCCAGUGUUCAAAACUAUCACCUUACUUUAGCCAGAUUCACAACGGUUGGCUUAUAAUAAUGUUUUUAUAAUUUGAGUGGUAUGGGUAGGUUUUCACUGGAAAUUCGAGCAUGGCACUGCGUCAUUACGUCACAUCUGUAAACAUAAAGAAGUUUUCCCGGCUAGUAGCUAUAUCGCAUGUGAGAAUCCAGCAGGUGGCGGAUCAUUUAUAGCCUUUUCUCACAGCACCUAGAAUAAUUAAAUGUAUCAUUUUGAUGGCGGAUUGUAAUCCAGAAAGGAUUAUGUGUUUAUGAAACACAUGUGAAUGAAAUUAAAUUAUAUUCCAGUUUUAAAUGUGCUUCUGAUUAGGGAUUACACAAGAUUUGUAUUUUAACUAGUUCGAAGGGAGCAUAGUUUGCUUUUUGGGUUAAAAUAAUUUCUUAAUAUGAAUUUCUAAUGAUAUGACAAUUAGAGAUUAGACUGUACAGUAAUUGAAAUCUCCACGCUAAUACACACUAUACUCAUUGUCACGCAAUGCUGAUGUUGUUAACAUUAAUAAUUUGAGAAUAAAGUAUAACAAUAAUAAUACUUUGCACGGUUAGAUGUGAUAUGAGCUAAUCGACCGUUAGAUUUAAUUACCAUUGACAGCGCAAUUUAUUGUAAUGCUUUAUUCCUCAGUUGGUCAGAACAAACGUGGCAGACUUGUUACUUACUUGUUCAGAUGACAAUAUAUGGUGAAAAUUCUUAUUUGGGUUAAAUAUUCCAAGACGUAGGCUAGAAUCUGUGAUUCCUAUGUACAGUAUCCACACCGGUGUGGUGACUGACAGACUGACACAAAUACUCCUCAAAACACUAGAUUCAUCGGCGCUGGAACCAUGCCGGAGCACAACCCCACGCAAGGAAGAUAAUUCCGCACAGAGCUGCAAUUCCAGGUUUUCAAACAGAGAUGGCGACAAAGAGGCAAAACUUACGGACUGCAGCUUUAAGUCGUCUUUUUAAAAUGCCAUGUACAUGUUUUAAUCUGGCUAAAAUUUUAAAAACAUUAUCUAGAUAAUGUUUAUGUAGCUCGACUAGCAUGUGUACGUGUCAACUAGAAUGGCCAAAGCACCCUGACAACAAAAAAUACAAAAUGUAGGUCUUGCAUUGGCACACAACUCUUAUUUUAGCUUGUUCUGCUUAAACAUGAUCAUUUUCAUUCUGUGGAACAGCACUCAGAGAAUCAUGUGUAAUUUUGUCCAUUUUCAACCCUCUUAAAAUUUAGAAGAUGAAAAAUAAUGUAAUUUCAGGGGGUAUUGAGAGUGAUUACAAAUAGCAGUCAACAAUGCGACUUGGGUUGUUUUUCCUUUACUUUAGGGUACAUACUGUACAGAAAAUGCAGGAACUCUUUAAUUAAAUCUUUAAAUGAUGUGGGUCAUUCAUGAAAGGUCAAAAUGGCAAAUUAUGUCAACAAACCUCUUAAGAUACUGAAAUAUCUCUAAUGGACGUCUCUGACUGAAUAAAGACUGGAACGUGAUAAGCAAAGAAAUAAAUAUAGUAAUGCCAAAGUAAAAGAAGUUUGAAAUCAUACAGUAUAUAAAGCAACAGAAUGGUCAUUUGUGAUUGUUUACUGACCCUCUUUCUUUUGUCAUGUUAUGCAGACAGCAGAUGGCACUGAUGGAUACUGUACCUACACAACCUUCAGGUGACAUACGAGCACCUCUGCGCCCCUGGCUCAUGGACAUCUAAGAAAAACCCAUCUGGGCCUUUCAGUCAGUGGACACACAGGAAGUGAAUUAUGAAUAAGCAGUUUUUUCUCUCAAAAUCAGAGCAGAAAAUGCUCCAAAAAUCCGUCUGGACCUAAAGAUAAGCUGAAAAGUCACUGUUGAAUUGUAAACCAGAAGUGUGCUGAAUGCUGAGUCAUGUGAUAACUAACACAAAACCUAAUUCCCUCCUCCAUUUUCCUCUGCUGGCUGAUGAUGGAUUGUUGAAUGUGUCUUUUUUUUCCUCUCUAACUGUCACGUUAAGCCUUUUUCCUGAAUCAUUUCUGGUUAUUAAAGUGGCCCAUUUGUCCUCUCCAUUGGUGAGUGCGGUCACACGGCCGGUGACUGAAGUGCUCUUAUGAACGGAGCGAUGACUGGACCGGGGUCAGGCUGGCCGUGAGCAUCUCUGCUGUGCCAUUCCUCCCACUUGCCUUAUUACAUUGUCAAGACAAGGCGAUUUAGUUAAUUGCCUCAUUUGGAGGUUGAAAUAUUAUGCGGCAAAUGUACUCUGUUAUGGCCAUUUUUGAGUGCUUUUCUGGAUUCAUGGUUUGCGCAGAAUUGAUUUUCUUCUCCAUCUAACUUUUGCAUAGGCCAGCUUGAUUUUUGAUGCACGUGUCUAUUUAGAUAUUAGUUUAUUAUUUUAUUAAGAGUACUUCAUAUCAGAGUAUCAAUAUCCUGUUGUUGUGUUAAAGAAGAAAUUAAGUAUGUUGUCUUUGUCCAAAAUGACAAAAAACCUUUAAAUGGUGUCUAUAAAUGUGGUUCAUACUUAUAUAUUCUAAGUCUUAUGUCCAAAAUUCAUUAUUAUAAGUAAUAUAUAGAAACUUUACCCAACUAUGUACAUUUAUACAAUAAUACUUGUAUGAUGGCUGUUUUGGUGCAUGUUAGACCCAGUUCCCAUUCAUGUUAUUGACAUGGUUACUCCCACAGGCUUCACAUCAUUGUAGUUUAUUAUAUAUUUUUCUUCUUAGUAAUUAAAAAAGCAGUUUGAAUGGCACAAGCAUGUCUGAUUUAAUCAUAUUUCCUGCUCUUGAAAUCUUAAGUUGCGAGGUGUAGACAUGCAACACCAUUGCGUGGACCUAAAACAAACAGAGAAACAAACCUUACUGGAAUUCAAUUGUACACAGAGGUGCCACUUGGCAUGAGAAAGUCUUGUUUUGGAAAUCCAUCCUGCAGUGCUCACUCUCGAUAGCUUUCCAGUGGAAGAAAGCCAGGAUUUCCUAAUUCAGAGAGAAUGGAGAGUUCUUAACAGAUUGAUCGGCAGCAGGGGACAGUCUAUUCUUUAAAUGACCGCUCGGAGGGGGGGGGAGAGAAUGGUACUUCAUGGAUGUGUGUUUCUGAGAGGAGCCUCAAAGAAACCUUUUGUUUGUCCUAGGUACAUGUCAGGAGGAGAGAAGCUCUCUAAAGAGAUCACUGCAGGCUGGCGUAGCUCCCGUCAUCAUUCAGACAAACCAUCUAUCUGUAGCUGUAGCUGUUCCUCAUGGAUCCCUUCUGCCUUGAUAUACACAUGGGGUUCCUGAAACCCCAGUGCUCGAUACCACCGCCACCUCAGAGAGGACGAGCAGAAGCAUGCACGUGUUUCAGCGGAAUGUGUGCUCUUCAUCAGCGCAGGCUUUCUACAGACUUGUUAAUACCAAGGACCCCCAAAUGUGAUGAUCCCUUUAGAUGGACCCCCUACCUAAAAUAUAAAGACUCCUCGGGACAGGUGACGUCCUCUCCUCUUAGCUCACCCACGUCCCACCGGGGGAUGCAUCCGUCACUGCUAAGCCCGAAUUCAUUAGGCCACUCGGGGUCUCUGCACUCCCCCAUCAGCACUCUGAGCUCGCCCAUGAAUGGCCUGGGCUCUCCCUUCUCUGUCAUCAGCUCGCCCAUGGGGCCACAUUCCAUGGCGUCACCCGGGAUGGGCUACGGCCCCAGCAUCAGCCCACAGCUGAAUUCGCCCAUGAACUCUGUCAGCAGCUCAGAAGAUAUCAAGCCGCCGCUGGGCAUCAACGGUGUGAUGAAGGUGCCAGCCCAGCCCUCGGGCACCCCCCUUUCCCUCACCAAACACAUCUGUGCCAUCUGCGGCGACCGAUCCUCAGGCAAACACUAUGGUGUGUACAGCUGCGAGGGGUGCAAGGGUUUCUUCAAGAGGACUGUGCGUAAGGACCUCACCUACACUUGUCGAGACAGCAAGGACUGUAUUAUCGAUAAACGCCAGCGCAACCGCUGCCAGUACUGCCGCUAUCAGAAGUGUUUGGCCAUGGGCAUGAAGAGAGAAGUAUUAUUACAUACAGCCGUCCAGGAGGAGCGCCAGCGAGCCAAGGACCGCAACGAGAAUGAGGUGGAGUCGACCAGCAGUGUAAACGAAGACAUGCCUGUGGAGAAGAUCCUGGAAGCGGAGCUUGCUGUGGAGCCCAAGACGGAGACUUACAUUGAAACCAGUGUACCGAUGCCCUCCAAUUCACCCAAUGAUCCAGUCACAAACAUCUGUCAGGCCGCAGACAAGCAGCUCUUCACUCUAGUGGAAUGGGCCAAAAGGAUCCCUCAUUUUUCAGAGCUCCCGCUGGACGACCAGGUCAUUCUUCUACGAGCAGGAUGGAAUGAGCUCCUCAUUGCGUCAUUUUCACACCGUUCAAUAGCAGUGAAAGAUGGGAUACUGUUGGCCACAGGAUUGCACGUGCACCGGAACAGCGCCCACAGCGCCGGUGUAGGAGCCAUAUUUGACAGGGUGCUGACAGAGUUGGUGUCAAAGAUGAGAGACAUGCAGAUGGAUAAAACAGAGCUAGGGUGCCUUCGAGCCAUUGUCCUCUUCAAUCCAGACUCCAAAGGCCUGUCAAACCCAAGUGAGGUGGAGGCGCUGAGAGAGAAGGUCUAUGCCUCUCUGGAAGCCUACUGCAAACAGAAGUACCCUGAACAACCUGGAAGGUUUGCUAAGCUGUUGCUGCGGCUCCCUGCCCUGCGUUCCAUUGGACUGAAGUGUUUGGAGCAUCUGUUCUUCUUCAAGCUCAUAGGGGACACGCCCAUCGAUACCUUCCUCAUGGAGAUGCUAGAGGCGCCCCACCAAAUGACAUAAUGACAUAACGCCCUUCUGUCACUGGGGGACACAAGGGUCUGCCACCCCAAAGGCCCCUUAGAAACUGAACACGUGACACCAUUUGCCAGAGCAAAGGAACUUUCAGAACCAAUACACAGUCAUGGCGUCCAUGGGUCUGUUUUAUACUUUGUAUAAAGAUAUAAAUAUAUAUACAACACAUAAGAAAAAAGAUGACAAUGGACUUCAAGCCCACAGACAACAGUGGACACGGGUGUAUCAAACUAUCCUUCAAUGGGUACAUAUGAAAAAAAAACAAAAAACGAUGGAGCAGUAAUUGCAGGAAUGUCUAACGCAGGGUAAUGUACGUUGGGAUAUAAUGGGUCUUAUGGGAGGGAUCCAGGGCUGUAAUCAGCCUCAUUCAGGAUUGGAUAGGCCCAUCCUGGGCUGGUGUGUCUGGGCACAUGAAGACUUAUGGGAGAUGAUGAUAAUGGUAAUGCGGGUAAUAAUCCGGGUUUCUAACGCAAACAUUGUGUUUUCAGCCCCUGAUGGGAGUUUUUGCGAUUACAAUCCUGCUCAAAUUGCCGUUUUUCCCUCAAGCAGGCUGUUCCUGAUAGAAUGUUCUUGUAAUUACUGUCAUUUAAGAAGUGAGUUUGCUCUGAACCAAGUGAGGAAUCCCAGUUCACCCCAAGCAUCAUCAGUGGUGUGUGGGAGACGCAAUAAGGACGUAACUUCAGGAUCAGACAGGAAGGACCGCCUGAGGUCGCUGGGAGCAGAUCCCAGCAUCUAAUGAGCCACCCUGAGUUUUGGAUUAUGAUCAUUCACACUUUUUCAUUAUGCACUCGAAACAUGAGCUUUUAAAAAUCCAAUCUGCCUGUUCUCACAGAGCCCAUGAUGCUGAACGACGUAAACUAAGGACGCUUAUAGUGGACAUCCUGCCACCUGUAAGCCGCCCACAUGUCCCACUGUGUCUCUUCUGUAUACCAAUUCACCUCAAGUGGUUUUCCAAACGAGCUCGACACUUGUACAGUUUAUUACAACCAAUUCAGUAUUGGUAUCCUGUAUUUUUUUUGGAUGAUUUUUCAAAAUGUGUGCCGUUACCUCUCUUUCAGUCACAUUUACAAUGGUAUAUCGAGUCUUUUGUGUCCCGCAUCCACUCCUGCGUCAGACGUUUGCACAAGCCGCCUCAUGCAUUCAGGUCUUGCAAAUGUGUUUUCAUUAGGAUGUUUCUAAGCACUUAACCUCAUGUUUCAAGUCCCAUUGUUGUGUUUUUGGGGCUGCCUUUUUUAAUGAGGUAUCGUCUGUUUCCUGAGUCUGUAAUUUCCCAUCUUCAGCAUUUUCUUUAUUUCUGUACGCUGCUGCUGCUGCUAAACUAUGCAUUUAGCUUUUUUUUUUUUUUUCCCAAAGACUGUCCAUAGUGAGGUUGAUUUUCAAACUCUGGCAAUGAAAGACCACAUGUGAACAAGGUUACACCGCCAGGACCAAGAUUCGGGUCUCCAGCAGUUUAAAGAGAGCUAUUAGGAGUGGAGCAGUACUGGUAGGGAAUAAUACUGAGGCAAUGGGAGAGCUGAGACUUCCACCUAGUGGUGGAGAUGCAGCACUGCAACAUUACUUGAAUUUUGUACAAGUAUUUAAUUGGAUAAAAAAUGGCACUUUUAUGUGAUAUUCUCAAUGUUUGUUUUUGUUUGAGUGCAGUCUCAUAAGGGUCUUCAGCAAUAGCUUGAUUUAGAUCACUCGAGAUGGUUUAUCCAGAGUGAAGCCCAACCAACUUCAGUCGAUACGGUUUAUUAGGAUGUGUCUACAUUUCUGAAAAUCAGCUUUUCGUCCUCUUACCCUCAUUUCCUUUGCGUGGCAAAUAAAUUUUAAUGGCUUCACUAGACUUUUUAAAUGGAUGAAUAUUUUGGAUCACCGGUAUCUUGAAGCCAUAUUCAGGUUUGAGAUCAAAAACUUUCUCCUGUUGGAAAUGGUGUAAUGCAGAAAUGAUAACCUAGAUAGAAUUAAUACAUACGCAAAUGCUUUAUAACAUAAAGCUAUAUUUUGUCUAUAUGUAAAUGUGUGUAUAUUUCUAAAUAUGAAAGUAUAUAAAUCCAUUCUUUAAAUGUUUCCGAACAAUGUUAUUAAGGGAGCCAAGCGUUUUUCGUAAAUUGACUAAAACCAGGCCUAAUUGCACUGUUGUAUUCUCAGAUUCUAGAAAUGUUUUUAAUUGCUGAAGCUUUUGUGUUCAGCCUUGAAUUACACACACAUAAAAGUAAAAUUUUAGACUAAAACCAGCAGUUCAGAGCCCUAAGAAAAGAUCGUACACCAGCUCCUUGACUUAUGAAUCAUAUUAUGUUCACAAAACCUCAAACAAAUGUCUUGUUAGUGAAAAAAUCUAAAGGAACCUGUUGCUUAGCCACUUUUCCCACCAUUUAAACUAGAGAGGAUAAACUUUGACCCUGACACAGUCACCGCUUCAGUCGUCACAGAGACACAGGACCUUUUAAAAACAUUGAGAAAACUAUAGGAAAAAAUCUAUUUUUGUACAAAUGUAAUUUUAUCCCUUGCUUAUAUAUCCUCCCUUCCUUCCUCCUUCUGUGGGCUGUUGUAUACAUUGUGUAAAUGUUGAUUUGAAGUGGGGACAAUUCAAAUCAGAGCAUUUGAAAGUGGAUUGACGUUAAUUCCGACACCUUCACUUUGCCUUUUGGUUUUCUUCUUUCGCCAUCUCAGAGAGAAGGACUGUCCUUGCAUAAUAUUUUGUCUUCUUUUUAAGGAAAUGAAAAAAAUCAUCUGUUCUACUUUGUGGGUUGUUCUUUGAUGUUUUGUCUUUCAAUCAAAUUAAACGUCUAAUUAAAAAUA